CCUCCUGCGUAGUAAAUGACGGCACUGAUCUGAAAGGCGAGUGUGGAUCUGCCUCUUUUUCUUCGACGGGAACGUCUCGGAGGGAGAAAAAAACGCUCCAAAGAAGUAAUUCUCUCACUGUGAGUGUACCUCUGAGGCCCCUUGGUCAUGCCUGUUUAGCUGCCCUGCGUGAUGCCUGAUCAUGACAGCACGACCCUCCUAACCAGACAGACCAAGCGCAGGCGUGUUGACAUCGGGGUGAAAAGGACUGUGGGCAGUGCGAUAUUCGCCCGCGCCAGGGAGAGCCUUUUGGACAGCAUGAACCAGUCGCACGGCCCCGACCAGGAGGGAGACUGCUCGUUGGUCAGUCACAGCCACGGGGGGCCCAACGGUGAUGGGGAGAAAUCCAAUGUCCUGAGGAAGCUGCUGAAAAGGGCCAACUCGUAUGAAGAUGUGAUAAUGCCCUUUCCUGGUGCUACCAUUAUCUCCCAGUUAUUAAAGAACAGCAUGGGAAAGAAUGGGGGUAAUGAUUCAGGCUUCCAGGGAAGUGGCGCUCUAUCUAGCGGAGGUUCUGAGAUCCAGGCUGAGGACGCUUGCAGCAAUUCAUCCCGCGACAGCCCAUCCGACUGCCUUUCUCCUGGGCCUCCUCUUCCUCCUCAGUCUUCCUCCUCCACCUUUGGACGGCCACCACCUCCCUCAAACCACAUCUCGCACGCCCCCUCGCAACCUCUGUCCCUGUCCUCCUUUGACUUGGACAGGCUGUCGGACGAGCACCUCCAAGCGAAGAGAGCCCGCGUGGAGAACAUCAUCCGCGGCAUGAGUCACUCUCCGCUGGUCCGGCCGAAUGGUGGCGACCACAACCAAGAGAGCAACCGGGAGAACGAGAACAGCAGCAAUGACCACAGAAGAGACGAUGGAAGUCAUGCCACCAGCCGGCGCGGCGACUGCCCUUCGUCCCUGCUGAGCUCGUCGGGUUCGCGAGGCGGCAUGGUUAGUGUUGGCGAGGUCUACAGGGAGAAUAAAAGAAAGCAGCGUCUGCCUCAGCAGCAACACAGCUUCACCCAGCUGGUUUGUUCCAGGCAGGAGCAGCGACAGGAGGAAAGACGGCAGCUUAAACUACAGCUGGAAGACAUGCAGAAACAGCUGCGUCAACUUCAAGAGAAGUUUUACCAGAUCUACGACUCAGAAACCGAGGAGGAGGAGGAAAACGGGGUGAAUGGAGAGGCGGACCGAGGUGGUGAUAGAGAGGAAGAUGGAAACUUGUCAGAGGACAGUAUUCGCUCUGAUGGGCUAGAGGAGAGGCACAGAGACAGAGGGCGGCACAACCACAAUGAUCUGUCCGAUCUGGACCCUGGGCUGUUCCUGGACCGAGCCCGUGCGCUCCUCCGUGAGCAGGCCUUGAUAGACGGGGAAAUGGAGGAGGAUGUGGACAGCAGAGAGGAAGAGGAGAGGAAUGGGGAGAGGGUGAUGAAGAGGAGAGAGGCGGGAGGAGGGGGAAGGCAGUUGGCUGAAACUCUAAAGCAGGAGCUGAAUUGUGCUGUGUCACAGGUUGUCGACACAGUGGUUAAGGGUUUCUCCUCGCCGCCCAAACAGACCUCCAGUCAUCAUCAUGGCUGCCACAGCAGCACACCUGCUGCACCUUCCUCUUCCUCCAACUCAUCCUCUUCCUGUCCUCCACCUUUUGGCCCACUCCCCCCUCUUACCCCAGAGUCCCGAUUCGGUGGCGGUAACCUGGCCCUCGGUCUGAACAGUGAAAGCAGUCCCACGCCUAACUACCAUUCCACCAACCAGAGGCUGCACUGCUUCGGGGACGUCAUUGUUCCAAGCCCGCUGGAUUCAUUCAGCGGUCUGACCAGCAGACUGAGUGGCGUGCCGACACCCAACGAUCAAACAGAGGCCCUCCCACUGGUGGUGCGGAAAAGUGUGGGGAGUGGAGUGGAGAACGCAAACCCCUCUCUUCCUCCCCCUCCCCCUCCUCACCAUCCCUCCCUCCACCCAUCACCCCUCACAGCUUCGCUUGGGUUUAGCCCUCCGUCGUUUCGCCACCCAUUCCCUCUCCCCCUAAUGGGUUACCCCUUUCAAAGCCCGUUGGGGUCGCACGGGGGCGGUGCCGUCUACCCUCCAGGGCCAAAGGACCACAGUCGAUCCUCCCCUGACGCCAUGGACAUAACCCGCGAAACCGUCAGCCUCAGAACCAAAAUGGCGGCCCUCGGAGGAGGCCACAUGGGUCACCAUCACCACAGGCAGACUUCUCCAAGCCAACAUGGGCCAGAGGGCCUGUCGCUGUCCCUCAUCAAGUCCGAGUGUGGAGAUCUGCAGGACAUGGCUGACAUAUCGCCCUACUCAGGCAGCACUAUUCAGGAGGGCUUAUCUCCAAACCAUCUGAAGAAAGCCAAGCUGAUGUUCUUCUAUACUCGCUACCCUUCCUCCAACAUGCUCAAAAUGUACUUCUCUGACGUCAAGUUUAACCGGUGCAUCACCUCCCAGCUGAUCAAGUGGUUCAGCAACUUCAGAGAGUUCUACUACAUCCAGAUGGAGAAGUUUGCACGGCAGGCGAUCAACGAGGGGGUGACGACGGCUGAGGAGCUGACGGUGAGCCGGGAUGCCGAACUCUUCAGGGCGCUCAACAUGCACUACAACAAGGCCAACGACUUUGAGGUUCCCGAUCGAUUUCUGGAGGUGGCACAAGUGACCCUUCGAGAGUUCUUUAAUGCCAUUGUGGCCGGGAAAGACGCAGACCCAUCGUGGAAGAAGGCCAUCUACAAGGUCAUCUGCAAACUGGACAGUGAGGUCCCUGAGGUCUUUAAGUCACCCAACUGUCUCCAAGAACUUCUCCAUGACUGACUAGGACAUCAGAGCAGGAGGGACAAACCUCCAAGGACAGUCAGAAGACUGUAAGAACAUUCCUCUGUGCUUGAAAAGUGUUUACCCUCAAAUACAGAGGAAGUUGGAAAAGUUUGUGGACACUUGUUUCCAGUCUUUUAAAGACAACACUGCCCUGAAGAAGGUUUCAUACAUAAAAAGAUAUCUGAUGCUCACAUUGGAAGAUUUUGUUGAGACUUGAAAAAAGCAAAAAGGCGAGCAAUUUAUCCUCUUUGCACUUCUAGAAAAGCUCCUCCAUGAAUUUCCAUCUUUCUCGAAAAAGGUGGACGAAUCUUCAACGCGUGACUUUGAAUCCAGGAGUGAACUAAUUAUAAAAGAUGAUAAUAUAUUAAAAAAAAACAAAUCUUUAUUGUGGAUGUUUUUAAGUUGCUUUUGAAAAACUGGACAAAAAAGACUUUUCUGUAUCUUUUUCCCUCCUUUGUAUGAGCUGACAUCCUUUCUUCUAUAAACCCUCAGUCACAUGUAGGAAAAAAUACCGUAGCAUUCACUCAUCCUUACUCAAACCCAAACAGAUGAAAAUAAACUUGUUUAUUCCUAAAUUAUCACCCCUUUUUUACUGUUUGAGUGUCUGCCCCAUCACAGCAUUAGAGAUCCAUUUUCAUCACUGCAUCGUUUAGAUAUGAAGAUGAUUUACCCAUCUCCUUUUUAAGAUCUAUCAGUCAGUAAAAUACCUUUUUUUUGUGGUUCAAAAAUUUUAGGCCUUGUUUACACUACUCUGGAUGUUUUUUUAAAAUUUGAGAUUUUGCAUUGCAACACAUGUCCGCGAAGCUCCAAGGAGACAUUGGGGGACUUUGCUUUUUGCAUUCCCACACAAACUUUUUGCAUUACCUGGCAGUAGUGUUGGGCAAUAUCGGCAAAACAAAUCUUCAUAAUUAACUGUGGCAUUUAGCCAAUAACGAUAAAUAUGACAAAUAAUAGAUGACAAUUGCAUUUGCAUGUGUCUGCCAUUGUUGACUUUUUCACGCAUUUUCUGGCUUUCCUCUUACUCUGGUUUAUGUAGACAUUUCAGGUAAUUACACGAAUUUGUAGUGUUGGCCAAAAGGCAUGCAUGACACAUCAGUGACAUUGCAUGGGAAUGCAAAAAGCUUCACACGGUAAUGCAAAUAAAGUUAAAAAUACCCCAAUGUACCCACAGAGGCUCCGUAAUUAUUCGCAUGCAAAAUUUUUUUUGUUUAAGAAGAUUUUUUUACUAAGAAAAAAACCUUUCAAUUUUUCACUUUUGAUACUAAAAACUGUUAUGUAGCUGCAUUUUUCCACAAGUGCCCACUUUCACUUUUUGCCCCAAAAACCAGACCAGUCAAACCAUUUUCUGUUGUUACCAUUUAUUAUUCCUUCCUACUCUUUAUUCUGACUUUGAUUGUGUGCUGAAAGGGUAAAACCCAACAAACUAGAUGAGAUCAUUCUCGCCACCUAGUGGUAAUCUAUGGGUAUUUCAGUAUUUUUGCUAGAAUAUUGUAUACUUUUUUUUUCAUUAGCAAAAAAAAAAAAAAAAAAAAUCCAGAGUUGUGUACACAUUGCUUCAGUCAUGAGUUGGUAUACUGGUUAUAGAAAUGAAUCUCAACCAAUACUAGAUUUGAGCACAUGUUAAAAAAUUUGAUCCAACACCCUCCCCCGAUGGCUUCUUGUUUUGUUUCAAUCUAAUAAACAUUUUGAUGAAAAUCAUUUGAAGAAAAAAAACGUACAUCUUUUGUUUGACCCCACAACAAGAGACUCGUAACACAAUCCAUACAUUUUAAGUGUUUUCAUAUGGGGCCAAAAACAGUUUGGAGUCAAACUGCUUCCCUCUCAGGAUAAAGUUGACUGAAGCAUUUUUGUUUUAUUAAGCAGAAGACAAAACAGUUUUACUUUACAGCCAGAUUUAACAAUAUUCAAAACUAAAUUAGCACAGCAUUCCUUGAAGAAAUGCAUUUAACCCCACUGCCUUUGAUGUCAGUUUUAAAUUACGACCUUCUUGUUUUGAGAAAUUGUUCAAUCUUGAGAAUAAUGCAGAGAGAAAUCUUGUGCAAACAGUAUGUGUUGUAAAUGAUGUUCAUUUACCAACACACCAAAUUUUAGCUCAAUAUCUGUACAACUGACAGCGUUUAAGGCCUUUUGUUUUUAAGAUUGGUUCAUUGUUGCGGCCAUUGUGAAUUUGUUGACUCCAACAGUUAAUGAUAACUUGCUGAGAAAUUCGUUUAAAUCUGCCAAUUGGUUCAUAAAAUAUUUUGCUAUCAGUCAAACAAAAUGGCACACAAACAGACAAAAACAUUGUCACCUGCCUUUCACCUGUUACACAAGGUUUCUCCUGAGCCAAGCUGCAAAAGCAGACAUUUUAAUAAUUAUCAGGAAGUAUUAAUAUUCUUUUAAAAAAUAAAUGAAAAAAAUCUAAUGAUCUUAAUUUUCCACCAUCAUAAUCCAUCAGCCUGUAAAGAACAAUUUACUGCUCUUAUAAUAGUUUCUUCAGUUUUCAUGUUUUCAGCUUACAAAUGGUCCAUCCUGAACAACUUUUUUAUUUUUCUGGUGGACAAACUAUGUCCUGAAAAGGACAAUAUGAAACUAAUUAUGAUCAGUUUUUUUUUUGAAUACACCACUAAUGUAAAAAAAUACUAAUAAUGAUUCAAGUGAAAACCAUGACUGGGGUGACACUUCUACAUGUUUUUGUUGAAAAUUUGUUGCGCAAUAACUUCAUUUGUUGUCAGGUUAGCCUUUUCCUUAAAUAAUUUUAUUUAAACCUCACAAUGAUGAAAGUUUUUCAAUUUUCCCAUAGAUUAGACUCAAACAUACAAUGGCUGUUGUACAAUCAUGAAUUCUGGUUACUUGUUUUCAUUUAUAAAACUUUAAUUUAGGUGGCAAACUACACGCUGAUUGGCUGGAGAAGGCAGCUGAAACUGGUCAUGUGUGACAUUUAUGGGAAAAAUAAUGCUGAUAUUUUUACCUUGUAUAGAUGUAGUAAUUAUUCCAAUAUUGUUAUUUAUAAGAGAAAUAAUUAUUCCUUUUAAUGUAAUUUUGAUGGUUAUUAUUAUUAUUACUACUGCUUGCUACGGAUUUGACCAGUGGUUUUGCUCAUUGUUUAUCCAUCACACUGCAACAUGAAAUAAAUUAUCCUUUGAACAAAAA